GUCCUGAACAAGGUUGAAGGGAAGCCUGGCCCAGGAGGGAAACCUGCCGCAGGAAAGAAGCCGGCGCCCCCUCAGAAGAAGGGAUUCUUCAAGUAAGAUUGAGCCGAAGUGCAUAGUAGUAUCAAUGGCGCGGUAAAUUCAGGAAUCAUGCCGACGCGCUGACACGGUUCUGACGUGAUGACACGGUCCUGACCUGAUGACAUGGCCUGCGGCCAGUGCUUUGUGGAAAGGUUACGUGUGGCUGUGAGUGGAAUGGAUGUUACUGGUGGAAUUUGGGUGGUCCAGAUUCCAUUCCAGGUUUCGAUUCUGGAACAACAACAACGUGGAACGCAUGGCUGUGAGUUGAAUGGAUGUUACGGGUGGAAGUUGGGCGGUUGAUGUGUUGCCGAAUCGAAGUUUCCAUUCCAGGUUUCGAUUCUGGAACACAACAACCUGGAACACGUGGCUGUGAGCGGAAUGGAUGUUUUUGGAGGAAGUUGGGUGGUGCAGAUUCCAUUCCGGAACAACAACAACCUCAGGCUGGAAUGUCGUCUGCUACCAGCCAGGCAGGCAUCCAGGUGACUUGCGCCAGCUACUAAGCAUCAUCGCAUACAUACAGACUUCAGUGGGGGUCUGCAUCUGCUGCAGGUCUGCCUUAAUAUAUAAUAUAAUACUUCAGCGUCACUGGAAGCCGCGAACCGCAGCUGUAAAAUCUUGGACGUCCGAUCCUUGACGACAUUCGGAUGAUCUGGAUCACCAACGGAUCACAUGGGGUUCGAUGAUCAGAGCACACCUGAAGAGUUGGAACUUGUCAGCAAGUUUUAAGGCCAUACACACAUUGGACUUUUUUACUUGUUUUUGGACGUUAUUGCGGCCAGAUACAUUCACGUCUGGACUGAAAAAAAAAUGGUCACAUACAUUUAGUGUGGUGGUGCUAGUGUGUGAAUACCGCCUGCCUAAGAGCUCCAGCCGUCCAUUGACUGCCAGAGGUCGGCAGAGGACAGUACUACCUCCGGACAGCCUGAGUUGUUUGAAAGGAAGCACGGCAAAACUUUGCUAGCGCCCUCAGCCUUUGUUUUAUUGGUUUGAUGUGGGGAUUGAAAAUUUGCAAUUUUGAUU